AUGGCUGACGAACAUCAAUCUCAGAGUGCGCCAGGCACCCAAAUGUCCCAAAGCCAAGGCUUUUCAAGCUCCGGGUCAACAGCUCAAAGAGUUGCACAAGCAAAUGAUUCAACCGACCCAGCAUGGAAGUAUUGCACAAUGCCAGAUGUGACAAAAAAGAAUUCUCUGAAGUGUAACUUUUGUGGUAAACUUUGCCAUGGUGGUAUAACUAGGAUCAAGUACCACCUUGGAAAUGUUCCUAAGUCUAAUGUUGCAAAGUGCACUCUUGUUCCAUCUGAUGUUAAGGAGGAAAUGCUUCAAUUACUUGGCCAAAAAACUACUGUCAAGCAAAGGAAGACUAAGGAGAAAGAGGAAGAUAGAGCUGUUGUGGAUUUGAGCCAUUCAGAGGGAGAAGGAAGUGAUGACGGUAGAAAUUCUGUUGUUGCACUGAAGAGAAUGGAAACACUCCCUCAACUUUGCACCCACAUCUUGACGUCAAAUAAGUUCAAUGGUAUGAUGUUGGUGGCUUCAAACACUGAGCAAUCAUUUCCAAAGUUGCAAGUCUUGGAUGUAUCACAAAACGCAUUCGUUGAUUUUAUGCCUGAUAGAUAUUUCAAGAAUUUUCUAGGUAUGAUAGAUGCUAAGGAAAAUCGGACCGAUGAUGAAGCGUAUUGGUUUCUAAGAUUUAUGGAAUUGAAGCUCACGGUGAAAGGAUUGGAGCAAUUGUUGACAACGUUUACAACUAUCGAUUUGUCCUGCAAUAGAUUCUCUGGGAGCAUCCCACCUUCUCUAGGGAAUCUAAACUCGCUUAGAUACUUGAAUUUGUCCCACAAUACCCUCAUGGGACACAUACCGCCAUCUCUUGGAGGUAUGAGUUUGCUCGAGUCAUUGGACUUGUCUUCAAACAAACUGAAUGGAGAAAUUUUGAGUCAAUUGCAAGAUUGA